AUGUCGUACCUCUCGACAUCGACGCAUUUUAACAACUGGGUCUUUUCGACGGAGGAUCUCACGCGUGUACGUCGUUUGCAGCAUGUGAAGGCCAAGCGUGCACUGCGUUUAGAGCGUGAGGAGGCUCAAAAGCCAGAAACAACUGCUGCUAGUAGCCGUAAAGCUCGGUCGUUUGCGGCGCUGAUCCCGCGCUCGUCUACUGCUGUGCGAGACGCUUUCGAUUGGAACGAUAAUGUCGAUGUGGAUCUAUCGGUAGAAGAGGAAGCAGAAGAGAAGGCCAACAUACAGCUAACACCACUAUUGGAGUUUCUGAGCCCACAGCAAGAGACGCUGCUCCGAUCGUUUUACGAGGAAAAGAUACAGGAAAGCUGCAGUGCCCAGUUCCUGCGCACAUCAGACAAGGUCAAGUGCUGUGCUAUGAUGCUGUACAAGAGGUUUUACCUUAGCAACAGUGUGAUGGAGUUUCACCCAAAGUAUCUUGUCCCAACUGCUAUCUACGUGGCUGGAAAGGUUGAGGAGCAGUAUAUAUCGGUUGAUACUGUUGCUGAUCAGCUCCACGUAGACCACAAAUUUAUCAUAGGCCAUGAAAUGAUCCUGCUAGAGGGCGUGCGCUUCCAACUUAUCAUGUAUCAUCCAUUUCGCGCACUGCUGGGCUUUUUGGAUGAUUUUCGUGCCUUCGCCAAACAGGUGCUGAGUAAGGACUUACCUGCGACGGUUCUGCAAAAACUUCACGCCAAUUCAACCGCAUUGCUUAAUGACAUGUUGUUGACGGAUCUACCAUUGCUCCACUACCCGUCGUACUUGGCUCUGGCGGCGCUGUGGCAUGUAACGGGCGAGGUUGCAGCAAGCAGCGAUGAGAAGGUUUGCGGACUCACGAACGAGGACGUCCUGAAGUACGUUAAACACAGCAAGUUCUCCAAAAACCAACCGCUUCACGAAGUGCCUGGUCGACUGAAUGAGAUUACUGAGGCGUUCCACUUGCUGAAAUCCGAGAAGGGAGGUGAGAAAGUGGCUGCUUCUCGUGCAAAGCAGGUCAAACUCAUUUACAAGAAGCUCAAGCAGUUCCACAAGGAGGAGAAGAAAGACAAAAAGAAAAAGAGCGACGGUAAGAAGAAGGACAAGAAACGCAAGGACGGAUCUAAGGACAACAAGAUGAAGGUUAAAAAACAAAAGUCGGAGAAGGCUUAA